AGUUCGUCAAUAAUCAUCGCACUGAAAGGACGUGUCUUUUCCACAGAUGGCCGCAAUCGACAUGCUCGCUUCGGAGCAAUUGUUUUAUGGACACAGCCCGCCCGCCGGCUUUCUAUCCGAUUAUGCGCCGCCGAUACGGCGACAAACAAAGUUAUCAACCAGAGGAUAUUCCGCGCCAUGUCUCACCACAACACCGAUCAAACCACUGCAGCUUACUUUGAAGAAUGCAACAAGAUCGUGUCUAAGAAUGCCGACCGAGAAGAAAAAGAAAAAGGUGGUUUUCGCUGACGACAGAGGCCUAGCUUUAGAGCAGGUCAAAGUUAUGACGGAGCCGUCCAAUGUUCCACCAUAUUGGGCGUUGAAAGUGAUCGCCAGUCCACCUCUGGAGAGGAAACCGCCGCCUCCAGCUGUAGUGGACAUAUGGGAAAUGAGGUUCGUCCAGCCAGCUUCAGACUAUGUUGAAUUCAGAAGACGGAUCACCGAAGAAUGCGUUUCUUUAGAGAACGUUAUAGUGAAACAAGAUGAGUGCGCCGUGGACGGCACUGUGAAAGUUAAAAACUUGGAUUUCUCCAAAGAGGUCUUCGUCAGGUCUACUUCGGACGGAUGGCGGACGAGCGAAGACACAUAUUGUGCGUUCGUUGAGUCGGGACCUUUAAAUAAAUGUGGAAUCUCAUUGUACGACACAUUUGGGUUCAGAUUACAACUGCCCGUGCAUUCAAGGCGGAUGGAUUUCUGUGUAGGAUACCGUUGCAAAGGCGACGAACACUGGGACAACAACCGAGGAAUGAACUACACGAUAGAGAAGUCGUCAACGAGAGCUCCACCCGGCGCAGCGACAGCCAGAAUCAAAUUCGGCAACUCCUGGACAGCCAGAUCCGACGGCAACGGAACAGUGCCUUACUGGUGACAUUUCGGUGUACCUAUUGGCUAGUGACAUGUGAUUUGAUGUGCCAUAAUGUGCUAGUGGUUGUCUAGCGAGAUGAGGUUAGUUCUGAUGAAAACAUCAGCUUGUUAGCGACAUAUGGUAAGUUCCUUUGAAAGGUGGUGCUAAAUAAUAUUCCAUUUAUGAUGGGCGUUUGUUAUCAAGGCCGAUAGUUUGCAUGCUAAUUUUAUAAAUGUCCAUCGGUAACAGUUAAUGAGUAUAUGUUCAUAAAUAACCUGUUACCGCUGAGAGCAACAAUGUUGAUAAAGUUGCGUUUGAAGGGUACACAAAGAUAUAUCGAUUUUUACUGUGAAUACCCAUUUGUUUUAUCGUAGUUCUAUGGAUGAGUAGACGUAUGUUUGCCAAAAAUUUUGUAUAUAAUCUAAUCGCGAUCGAUUGGUUAUAUCAGGAAAUAUACAUUCCAUUACUUUAUUUAAAUUAUAAUCUGUCCACUAUCAGUAGCAUUAACAGGUUUUUUGAAUAAUGAAACACGACGGAAAUACAUGUGUUUUAUUUAAGCCAAUUCAAUGCCAUGGCCAUCUAUUUUAACUUUAACAUUCAUAUUAAAUUCUUGAUCGUGUGCCAAAACCGUAUAAAAAGUCAUAGCAAUAAUUUUAAACGUUAUAUACAUAUGGUUAGUUGCACAAACGUCCAUUAAGUUUUAAGAUCUAAUGAUUAUCAAAAUGCCCAAAUUUAAAACUCUGAAACUCAAAUUGUUUCUAAAAAUAAUCUUAUGUCCUCAUGUCCAAUUUUCAAUUUUAAAAAUCGACUAAGACAUUGUUUCUCAACUACUGGGGCGCAGAGAUCCCUAUGAAAGUUGCUUCGAACAUGAUGAGGGGCUUACUAAUAAACAUAAGUAAAGCAGUCGCCAUUGGAAAUAAAUUUUGGUAAAAGUCAAUCUAAUUUUACUUAGAUCAUAAGUAGAAUUGCCAUAUGAUGGAUUUCUUGGGUUUGUUAUAUAUUGGCGUACAGGAAGGGUUACUGUCUGGAUAUGUUUUUGCUGUUUUAUCAUGUAAUACUCGAUGGUGACCCAAUAAGCAUAUUAAUUACUAGAUUACGUAAGGCUAUUGUACUCGUUAGAGAAGAUCGCGGUAUCACAUCAUACAUAUGUUAUGUAUUGAACUUGAUUUGAUUAUAUUAUUCAAUGCCGUAAUUUAUCUAUUCAUAUGCGAGUAUAAAGAAACCGAUAGGGUGCCGGAGCUUCUCUCUCAUUUAAAUCACGUUCGUUUCCUGUUUAAGGCAGCUACAUGUUUAUCAUUGCUUAAGAUACAUAUAGUAGUCAAUAUAGUAGAUUUUUCCCAGUUUUACAGUUUAAAAAUCUUGGGUUUCAUAAUUUCUUAGCUUUAAUUACUGAUUUUAUUGAUAGCAAAUAUAAAUCUUUACUGUGAUUAUAUAUGUUGAAGAGCGAUUGUUGCUAUAUGGGCUGAAAUUUCGGGGUUUAUGAAACCAAAAAGUUUGAGAAACAAUGGAUCGAGUUUUUUUGUAGUAAUAUACUAGUAAUAUCUACAUUCGAAACUACAUCAAUUUAAUCGCACAUGUAGACAUUAUUGACAUACUUUACAGAAAAAAGGCAGUAGAAUUGACAAAUUCU